AUGCAAAAAAAUGAAAACGAGUCACAUUUAGAAUUAUAUAAUCAAUCGCAUCAAGAACCUGAAUCAGACAUCUUAAACUUUAAUAAAUCCCCUUAAAAGGAUUUAUCAUUUUCUCCACAAUAAAAUGAGUCAUCAGAUAAUGAGAAAGGUUUUCAAAUAUAUAAUAAUUCACAAAAUUAAGAUCAAUCUUAACAAUAAGAUUAAUCACAAAAAUAGGAUCAAUCACAAAAACAUGAUGCCAAAAAAAAUUAAACAACUCCAAAUCUUUCAUAAGAAGAUGCAAUUAUUAUUGAAGAGGGUUCAUUAAAACUUCAAAUAGAAAAAGAAUCUAGCGCUCCUGAAAUUAAGGGAUAUGAAGAAUAACAAAAUCUCUAAGAUUCUUAACAAUAAAUAUGUAGUAUUUUAAUAAAAGUUUAGAAGAAUUUUAUUUAAAAUCUUCUUUUUAAAAAAAUAGAAUAAAAAUUAGACCCUGAAGAUUAUUUAAAAUUUACUUAAGAAUUCAAAAUUAUCAUUGGAUAAUAAUGGGUUGAAAUCAUUUAAAUAAAAAAAGAUGAUUAAUAACGUUUUAGAAACUUUAAUAAUCAAAUAAAAAAUUGUUGCUUUUAACAUAAAAUCCUUUAGCCUUAUUAUGAUUAUUUCGAAUAUAUACUAAAUUUUAAGAAUAUGAAUGCCCGAUAAUGUAUCAAAUUUAUUUAAAAUUUGAUUGAAAAAUUUCAAAAAUAAGAAAAUUUUAAAGGAUUAGAAGAAUUUAUUAAAAAUGGACAUGACAUUAUUGAUUUUGUUGAAAAGCUCAAAAUAUAAAAGUAGGACUAACAUAAAUAAAUAAAUUUUAAUUAGACUCAUAUGAAUAUUUUAUGCUUUGUUGGAUGGAUUAAUUAGAUAUUGGUUUAUAAAUUGAAUAAAUAAAUAGAAGUUUCUCAUUUAAAAAAUUAGAAUGAUGUAUUUGAAUAUUUAUAGGGCUAAUUAAAAUAAAUAAAAUAUUUAAACAAAUUAGAGGAAACAAAAAAAACAUUUAUUAUUUACAUCUAUUUUAAAUAUCAUUUAGAAAUCGAUGAUAAAAAAUUAGUGGAUUUAUUUAAUUUAAUUUAUAGAAAAGAUUAAUUCAAUUUUCUAGAGGUAAAUGCUGAUAUAAAAAAUUAAUAUUCUGCCUAUAAUGAUAUAUUUUAAUUUGCCUAUUCAAUAGAAGUAUAAGAACCCAAUCAUUUUUUAUAAGUAACUGUUAGAGAAUUUGAAACCUUUAUUAAAAAACUAAAAAAUAGAAAUAAAGUUAAUUAUUAAGUUUAACCUGAUUUAGAAACCAAGAAGAAAAUAUGCAGAGGAAGUUAAUGA